GUCACCGUUCCGGAAUCAAAAUUUUUUUUAAAAUUUUUAAGAUACCGCAAAAGCGCGAAUGUAGAGUAUUAAAGUGCGUUUUAGUGAACAGCACAUGUGUAUCCGAUCAGAUCCUCAAUUUUCAUUAACUUCCGGAGAAGCGAAAUCGAAAAAAAAAAAACACGAUCUAAAGACGACUGCUAGUACAGCACGCAGAGGUCAAAUGUCUAGAUUCUAGAAUUUAGAUUACAACAGCUGGACUUUGCACACCACUAGAAGGAACUUAGAGAAGAAGCGAGAAUUUGUCCUACAUUUUUAUUAGGCAUUUUGUGAAAGAAUCAAAAGAAAAAAAAAGCUGAACGCUAAACAAUUCACCGCCACAUAUCGAGAAGAAGCAAUUCCAUUCGGUUAUGUUCUGGUAUUGAGCACCUGGUAUUGAGUAAAUCGAAAAAUUCACAAAUCAUCACAAAAAGUGCACGUCAUCAGGACAUACAUUUUGCUGCACCCAAGAAGCUAAGUUUGUGACCCAAAUAGACCAGCUCCGCCGAGGAUCCAGUCCCAUUCUCCAGACAGCCGCGAUCUCAGGGUGAGUCCCUGACAAGCAGCCCCAACGGCGUCCCAGACGAUUGUCCUAUCCAGCCCGGACAACGCAGCCGCGGCCCCCAAGACCGAGGCCAUGGCGGAGGUUCUCAAUUUGGAGAGCAUAAUUUCCCGUCUGUUGGAGGUGCGUGGCGCACGGCCUGGCAAGAAUGUCCAGCUGUCGGAGGGUGAGAUACGGGGCCUGUGCCUCAAGUCGCGCGAAAUACUGCUGGCACAGCCCAUACUCUUAGAGCUGGAGGCGCCGCUCAAGAUCUGCGGCGAUAUCCAUGGCCAGUACUAUGAUCUGUUGCGUCUGUUCGAGUACGGCGGCUAUCCGCCGGAGGCUAACUAUCUUUUCUUGGGCGAUUACGUGGACAGGGGCAAGCAGUCGCUGGAGACCAUCUGCCUGCUGUUGGCGUACAAGAUCAAGUAUUCGGAGAACUUCUUUUUGUUGCGCGGCAAUCACGAGUGCGCCAGCAUUAAUAGAAUCUAUGGAUUCUACGACGAGUGCAAGCGCAGAUAUACCAUCAAGUUGUGGAAGACAUUCACGGACUGCUUCAACUGUCUGCCAGUUGUGGCCAUUGUGGAUGAGAAGAUCUUUUGCUGCCACGGCGGACUGAGUCCGGAUCUUACCUCGAUGGAGCAGAUCCGUCGUAUUAUGCGUCCCACCGAUGUUCCCGAUCAGGGACUACUCUGUGACCUGCUGUGGUCCGAUCCGGACAAGGACACCAUUGGGUGGGGCGAGAACGACCGUGGCGUUAGUUUCACCUUUGGCGCCGAAGUUGUGGUCAAGUUCCUCCAAAAGCACGAUCUGGAUCUGAUCUGUCGUGCCCAUCAAGUCGUCGAGGAUGGUUACGAGUUCUUUGCCAAGCGCCAAUUGGUCACUUUGUUUUCCGCCCCCAACUAUUGCGGUGAAUUCGACAAUGCUGGUGCCAUGAUGUCCGUGGACAAUACACUCAUGUGCUCCUUCCAAAUCCUGAAGCCUGUCGAGAAGCGCAAGAAGUAGAGGACAGCGAGAUCUGUAGACGCUUCUAGAUUUAUUCUUAUAUAUUGUAACACGCGGCACGCGACUCAUUCACAAUAUCCUACACGAAAUCGGUUCGAAAUCAUAAUAUCCACAUACAUCUCUAGUCAACCGGAUCGAGGGAAAUGGCUCAACUACAACGUAUACCUCCAUGGAUCCUAACUGUCUUCAGAGGUAUCCACUAGCCAAUUCUUGCAUAUUGUAUGAUAUGUGUAAGUUCACUGAGAUUUGAACGCAGAGCUUAUGCUUAGCUAAUGCAAAAUAACGCCAUAUGCGACUUUUACAAAAAUAAACUUACAUUUAAAAUUUC